GCGGCGCGCAGGCUGUGGCGAGCGAGGCGGCGAGCGGCCCCGGGCCCUGCGGCGCCGCUGCGCGCCCCGGCGCCUCCCGAACAUCAGCUGGAAAUAAAGCUCUGAAGAUUCAAUAUUUUUGAGUAAAGAAAAGAGAAAAUGGCAUCAAUGUUGCUUAGUCGGCAGCUGACCUGUUGUCUACAGCAAAACUCCAGACUGUUUGCAGUUGGACACAGAUGUAUCAGUCAAGCUGCAGCUAAAAUUGAUGUGGACUUUGAUUAUGAUGGACCUCUAAUGAAGACAGAAGUUCCUGGGCCACGAUCUAGGGAAUUAAUGAAACAACUGAAUGGAAUUCAGAAUGCAGAAGCUGUACACUUUUUUUGCAAUUAUGAAGAGAGCCGAGGGAACUACCUAGUAGAUGUUGAUGGCAAUCGGAUGCUGGAUCUCUACUCUCAGAUUUCAUCCAUCCCAAUAGGUUAUAACCAUCCUUCUCUGCUAAAGCUUCUACAGCAGCCACAGAACUUGAGUACAUUUAUCAACAGACCUGCCCUAGGGAUUUUACCUCCAGAGAACUUUGCAGAAAGACUGAAGGAAUCUUUGUUAUCAGUGGCUCCUAAGGGUCUGUCACAGAUUAUCACCAUGUCCUGUGGAUCCUGCUCUAAUGAAAAUGCCUUUAAAGCAAUAUUUAUCUGGUACAGAAACAAGGAGAGGGGCCAUAAUAACGUCACAAAAGAAGAACUGGAAUCUUGCAUGAUUAACCAGCCCCCCGGCUGCCCCGACUACGCCAUGCUCUCCUUCAUGGGUGGAUUCCACGGAAGAACCAUGGGUUGCUUAGCUACAACUCACUCUAAAGCAAUUCACAAAUUAGACAUCCCAUCGUUGGACUGGCCCAUUGCUCCAUUUCCAAGACUAAAGUAUCCUUUGGAAGACUUUGUGAAAGAGAAUCAACAGGAAGAAGCCCGUUGUUUAGAAGAGGUGGAAGACCUGAUUGUGAAGUACAGGAAAAAGAAGAAGAUAGUGGCUGGAAUCAUUGUAGAACCAAUACAGUCAGAGGGUGGGGACAACCAUGCUUCAGAUGACUUUUUCAGAAAGUUACGAGAUAUUGCCAGAAAGCAUGGCUGUGCAUUCUUAGUGGACGAAGUGCAGACAGGAGGUGGCUGCACAGGAAAAUUCUGGGCACAUGAACACUGGGGCCUGGAUGAUCCAGCAGACGUGGUAACAUUUAGUAAGAAGAUGAUGACGGGAGGUUUCUUCCACAAAGAAGAGUUCAGGCCAAAUGCUCCGUAUCGGAUUUUUAACACCUGGCUUGGAGAGCCAUCCAAGAACCUUAUGCUUGCUGAAGUUAUUAAGGUUAUUAAAAGAGAAGACCUUCUAAACAAUGCAACCCAUGCAGGCAAAGCACUACUGACUGGGCUGCUGGAUUUACAGGCUCGUUACCCCCAUCUAAUCAGCAGAGUGAGAGGAAGAGGAACAUUCUGUUCAUUUGACACUCCAAAUGAUGCAAUUAGAAACAAAUUAAUUACAGUAGCCAGAAACAAAGGUGUUGUGCUGGGAGGCUGUGGUGACAGAUCAAUUCGUUUUCGUCCAACACUGAUCUUCAAGGAUCAUCAUGCACACCUCUUCCUGAACAUUUUCAGUGACAUCUUAGCAAACUUCAAGUAAAAAGCAGCUUCCUUGCUUUGAACAGCUCAGAUAAUGAAAUUAGUUUGCAUUAAUUCAUAUCUCUCCACUUACAAGAUAAGUGUAAAGUCAUAAACUGAAGUUUGUGUUCUCUCUGUAAUCCUGCCCAAGGCAAGCUGCUCCAUGCAAAUUCUGGACACAGGCAGAGCACUGGUACUGGUCACCAGCAGCUCUCCUGCACCCUGCCUUUGUAGAAGCUGUGACCCUCCAUCUUCAGGCUUGGGUCAUGUUAAUUGCAGUCUUCCCUACAUUCCUGCCCCUGACUCUUUGAUAGUCUAAAUAUGACCUAGUACAGUCUGUGUUUUCACAGAUAAUCACAGUAGCUUUACUCAUGUCCAAAAGCAGCAACAAGUCUUCAAGUGUGGCAUAAAAGUUAAGGCCACAUGCCUGCCACACAGAAAGUGCCAUUCUCUAACGGUAGCUGGGAUAAAAUAGGUGUUUCAAGGAAAGCUCUGCUUUCCACCACUGCCAAGUACAGUAUUUUGCAGAAUAAUUGUCAGCUUUAUUUCCCCUGAAUACAGAAGUCUGCCAUACCCAGCUGGAUCAGGAUGCCAUCAACUACUGUACCCAGCCUACACAUAAUGCUUCAGAGUAGGUAGAACUGAAGUAUUUAUACUUCUUUCUUCAUCCUGGAUUUUAAAACUUUUGUCUCUUACAAUCAGACUUGUACAGAGAAAAUUAUAUGCAGAAGUACAUUAUUUAAUAAAACUUACAGUAUCAUGUGAAGCACAUACUUCCAUCUCUAUCAACAAUCUAGAAUGAUCUGGGAUUAUUUUACUUUUUGCCUAUGAUAUACCAUAAUAGCUAUUCAUUUAGAUAUUACAAGUUCUACACGAAUACCUUAGCAUAUUUUGUAAAACUGCAGCAGAACUGAAUUGCUUUAUCUUAGCCAUUACCUGACAUCAGAGCCACUACAUUUGAGGUCUAGUCUUAAAUGCACAUCUCAAAUGCAAAGUAUUUCUGUUGCUUUAAUAGUAUAUUCUACGGCAGGCAUGCUUCAGGGGUUUCCUGAAAAGCCACAGGAUCAAAACAUGUCAACAAUUCAUUAAUCUGUUUAUCUUCAGAUAAUUGUUUUGGACACCUCUUUGAUACCUGCUAUAUGCUUAAGGCUUACUUGAACUGUGUCUGGUGCCUUUUUUUUUCUCUCAGUUAACAAGCAUCUGAAUUUUGAAUACUAAACUUAACGGUUUUGUUAUGCACCAACAAACAGGGACCACAUCUGACUUUACAACUGCCCUAUCAGCAUUAUAAUCACAAUUUUAAAGUAUGUAUGUAAUAAGAUACAAGGCAGUUAAGGGACUUAAAUCUUUAAUAAAGCUACCAAAAUGUGCAAA